ACGUGUGGGUGCAGCAGCGUGCAAUGGUAGGCAGGUGUAUGUGCACAGCACUGCAGUGGCAGGGGUGUGUGCGCAAGUGUGCAGAUCGUGUGUGUAGGUGCAGCAGUGUGCAAUGGCAGACGUGUGUGUGUGUGCUGUUGCUGACUGCAGGGUCUGGUACUUAGCUUGACUAGCUUUGUGCCAUGAUGGUCACAUCCCCUAUUGCAAUGCCUGGUAGUUGCACGGUGGCAGGUGCUGUUGGUGGCCAUGAGCACUGAAUAAAGGCAAGCUGCUGCUUUCAGUGAGAGAUCCCCCAGAGAGCCACCCUGCCUCCGCAAGGAAGCGCACACCCCUACAGAUGGCAAGUGGUCAUUGAGUCACCUGGCCCGUACCCUGGGACCCACUGUGUGAGGACUCCUGGGAGAAAAGAAGAAUCCAUCUCUUGGGCUUGAGACAAACGGAUAUUCUGGAUGAUCUUUGAAUAGAAGAGCACAAUGCCUUUCUUGCACGGCUUCCGCAGGAUCAUUUUUGAGUAUCAGCCAUUGGUAGAUGAGAUCUUGGGAUGUUUGGGGAUACAGGAUCCUGAAAAGCAGGAAACUCUAGAGAGCUGCCUAGUUGAAGACAGCGGCAAAUUCUUGGUCCUCAACAAGCUGUUGGAGAGAGAGACCCAGUCCCCAUUCUACCAAGAAGGCGUGAGCUACUCCUUGCUGAAGGUAGCGGAACUCGGGCUGGUGCCUGCAGCUGAAAUCCUCCUGCAGAACGGGGCCAAUCUUGUCUUUGAAGAUCCCGUCACCUAUUACACUGCUCUGCACAUUGCUGUUCUCCGAAACCAGCCGGACAUGGUGGAGCUGCUAGUGCGCCGCGGGGCGGACAUUAACCGGAGAGAUCGGAUUCAUGAGAGCAGCCCCCUGGACCUCGCCAGUGAGGAGCCCGAACGGCUGCCAUGUUUGCAGCGUCUCCUGGAACUCGGUGCCGAUGUCAACGCAGCUGACAAAAAUGGAAAGACAGCUCUGCUGCAUGCCUUGGCCAGCAGCGAUGGAGUUCAGAUCCACAACACCGAAAACAUCCGGCUCCUGUUGGAAGGAGGAGCAGACGUGAAGGCCACCACGAAAGAUGGUGACACCGUCUUCACCUGCAUCAUCUUCCUGCUAGGUGAGACGGUGGGCGGGGACAAAGAGGAGGCGCGAAUGAUCAACCGCUUCUGCUUCCGGGUCACCCAGCUGCUGAUGGCCCAUGGUGCUGACCCCAGCGAGUGCCCAGCCCACGAGUCCCUCACGCACAUCUGCCUCAAGAGCUUCAAGCUCCACUUCCCGCUCCUGCGCUUCCUGCUAGAGUCGGGGGCCUCCUACAACUGCUCCUUCCACGGCCCCUCGUGCUGGUCAGGCUUUCACAUAGUCUUUGAGAGGCUGUGCUCCCAUCUCAGCAGCUCGGAAGACGACAGCUUCUCCGCUGACCACCUGCAGAAAGCAGAAACUGUCCUAGAGCUCAUGGUGGCCAGCUCGCAGAUCCCCAAACUGCCCAGCAACUUUGACAUCAACUCCACCAGCUGCAGGUUCCAAGGGGAGAAGAUCAAGGCCCUCUUCUACUCCCUGAAGCAGUUGCAGCACUCACCGCAGGCCCUGAAACAUCUCUGCAGGGUAUACAUCCGGCAGCGCCUCAAACCGUGGCCAGUGGAUGUGAAGAUCAAGGCACUUCCUCUUCCCGACAGGCUAAAGUGGUAUCUCCUCAUAGACCACGGCAACACUGGUGAGGAGGACAUCUGAGCCAGGCAGGGCGCAGACCUGGAAUCCUCACUCCAAUCCCUCCCCAAACACUCCGGUGACUUGGUUUCCCCACCCGGAAGAGCAAGAGGUUCCUUAUGGUCCAGCCAGUGCUUUGUUUGAUCACGCUGUCCACAAAUACUGCUGCAGGGCCUGUGCAUUUAGGCGCCGCAUGGGCCUGGCUUCUCGGGGAAGGGACACCCUCAGCAGCACGUUACCUGAAUCCCACUGAAGUGUGAUUUGGGGUGGGAGGGUAGAGGGAUAAGUGGAUUGGGCUGAUGAUCUGGACUUUGUGCCUUUACGAGCGAUGAGUGUUGGCAGGAAGGCUGCUUCGCACGGACGUACAGGAAACGCCUGCCUGGAGUUGGGUGGGAUCAUGAGCCCGGUCUGAGGAGCAGAAACCAGAGUAGAGACUCAGGUGAUGCUCCCCCUAGGUUGCCCAACUGCAUGUGCCAUGUUGUUUGAAUAAGGCCGAGGAACAACCAUUCCCCCUCUCCCUCAUGCGCCCACCAGUCUCCGGCCGCGCACUGAACGCGGGAAUGGCUGAAGCGGUGUCUUAGACAAAUGGCUGCUUCUAACUCUGCCGCCUCUGGGGAGUGCGGCCUGUGGCGGGAAGAAGCCUCGGGCUGCUAAGAGAAAAUGUUCAGCGAGCACCUCCCCCUCCUGUCUCCUCGGGAAGCUAGCAGGUUUCCCCUCAGGCCAGGCCCAAGCGCAGGCGGUGAUGGCCUUUCGCCACCCCCUCUGCGCAGAGUCUUGAGCGGCCUUGGCUCUCCCAACGCUUGGAAAGCAGGAGAUGUGGCCCUUUGCAGCAUGGACCACGUGCCAGAGGAGCAACUAAAUUCACCCAGGAUUUAUGAGCCCCGGUUAACGUCAGCAGUCACACAACAGCCUGUACCACCUGCCAGGACUAAACAAAGAGCAGAGAGAGGUUAGCUUCUCUCUCUCUCUCUCUUUUCCCCAGGCAUCUGCCAAGCACUUGGGCGAAGGCUGGUGUCCCUGUGAGCCGGGAGGGCUGUGAGCUCAGAGAAACAUUUACAAAUGAGAGGGAAGCGGCAGGGUGGGGCGCAGCACCUGAAGCUCUAGCUCAGGGCUUUGCAAUCUGCUGAUAUUGCAAGUGGAGGGCGGCACCUUUUGCGGCCAGAGGAAAUGAUUGGCUUGUGAAACGAAGUGCUCAGGGGCUAUUGGAGGAGAUAGUAGGAACAGUGCUAACAUGGGGCCUGGUUGUGGAUUCCCAGGCCAGGCUGUCCUUUCAGCUUAGUCUAGUAGCAAGUUAUUCCCAUUUCCUCUCGUGUUGGGGUUUCUCCAUGCUGCUGCCUGCACCACUCAGUGCCGUGGGUGGGGUGGACAAGUCUACACGAGCAGAGGAGCCACUAACCUUGUUUCCAGCCUGGGCUCCAUUGACCCUCCCCCUGAGGCCAUGUCUUGGGCUGGAGGUGCCUCCUCCUGGAGGGUGCGCACCUUGGCCAGAGGAGCACUCAAGGCCCUGGUGGCAAAGGGUGGGGCUCUCGUUUUCUUCGGUUUGUGCCCUGCUAAACUCUAGGUGUGAUCUCAGCCUGGGGCUGCAGAGACGAAAGGCCAAGUCACAGCACCAUCCACUCAGGGCAGGUUUCCCUCCAGCGUGUUAACUACCCUAAGUGCCAAAGCCAAACAGCUGCUAGGCCAGUCUCACCCCUGGGAGAAAAAGCCAAGGCUCCAGUGAGGAAAUGCCCUGUGAUUCGCCUCCAAUUACCAGCUAGGCAUGAAGCGCCUUCACGCAUCCAGGGCUAACAUUGCAGCUGGGUACGACAUGAGGCUCUUCCUCCCGGGCCAUCACCUCCACCCAUUUGUUAACACUCACAGCAGGGCAAGAACAUGAAAUUCACUCUCCUGCCAAAAUCCAUCCACCCGAUGUCUCCCCCCAUCCACCUCCACCCCAAACACUUCACAGGAGCAGCUGACAAUCAUAUUGACAAAUGGGUGUAAAAUGAAACACUGUGCCAGUGUCUUGCUGAGCUCAAGCCAUUAAACAUGACCUAUUGUCACAGAAAAUGGAUGCUUGUUUCCUUUGGGGUGGGGGUUCCCCAGGGGCUCAGCAGCUGGGCCCUACUUGUCCCUUAGGGGGAUGAAGACUUAACAGCAGCACUCUUUAGUGGGGGGAGGCUGGUCGCCCAGCUGUCAGUAACCCUGAUGGGCCAGGGCCCGUGGAAUCAUUCCCUAUUUUCAAUGAGAAAUGGAACAAAGGAGGCAGCGAUUGCCCGCACGCAUCUUUGACCGUGGGACUAGGUGUAGGACUCGAUUUUGAGCUUGAUGAAAUGAGGAUAAAACUGGCAUAACCCAACAUGAUGCCAGCUCCCAGGAUUUACACUGCUAGCGGCAGUAGAGAGACACCAGAUUUUCACUGGACUGUGACCAGAAUCUGAAAAAGAAAUCGGGCUC